AUGUUAUUCAAUAAGGCUUCAGGUGUCGCACUCGCUGUUCUUGGAUGUUUAUCCAAUGUCGUUAAGGCAGAUGACUUCCCAACUAUCGAAGUUGUCGGAAACAAGUUCUUUUAUUCCAACAAUCAAUCUCAGUUUUACAUCAGAGGUAUUGCAUAUCAAAGUGAUGUUUCAGCAAAUGAUAACACAUCUUUUGUUGACCCAUUAGCCAACGAAGAAGCAUGUAAGAGAGAUUUACCAUACUUAACUGCCCUUAAUACCAACGUCUUGAGAGUUUAUGCUUUAGACACUGAAUCCAAUCAUGAUGCAUGUAUGAGCCUUUUCAAAGAUGCAGGCAUUUAUAUCAUUGCCGAUUUAGCAGAGCCUACUCUGGCUAUUACCUCAACCAGUCCAGACUGGGAUCUAGAAUUAUACAACAGAUACACUUCUGUUAUUGAUGAGAUGCAGCAAUAUGAUAACGUCUUGGGUUUCUUUGCCGGUAAUGAAGUGAUCACAAAUUCCACCAACUCCAAUGCAGCGCCAUUUGUCAAGGCGGCAAUCAGAGAUAUGAAGAAGUACAUCUCCGAUAAGGGUUAUAGGGAUAUUCCAGUUGGUUAUUCUGCAAACGAUGACGCACAUACAAGAGUUGACUCUGCAGAUUAUUUUGCGUGUGGUGAUGAUGACAUCAAAGCCGACUUUUAUGGUAUCAACAUGUACGAAUGGUGUGGUAACUCCAACUUCAAGGAGUCCGGUUACGAAGACAGAACUGAGGAAUUUUCUAAUUUGACUGUUCCUGUCUUCUUUUCUGAAUAUGGUUGUAACGAAGUCCAACCAAGAAAGUUCACCGAGAUUGCAACUCUUUUCAGCGAUGAAAUGACCGACGUUUGGUCUGGUGGUAUUGUCUACAUGUAUUACCAAGAAGUCAACAAUUAUGGUCUAGUUUCUGUUGUUGACGAUAGUACUGUUUCCACCAUGGCGGAUUACAAGUACUACUCAUCUGAAAUCAAUGCAAUUCACCCAACCAGCGCAAAGGCAAGUGACGUUUCAACUACUGCAUUAGCAUGCCCAACCACCAACAAAUACUGGAUGGCAGCAACCUCUUUACCACCAACUCCUAACGAAGCUGUUUGUGACUGCAUGUCCAAAUCAUUAUCAUGUGUUGUUGUCGAUGACGUCAAUGAAGACGAUUAUGAAGAUCUAUUCUCAUACAUUUGUGGUCAAAUCGACUGUGAUGGUAUCAACGGCAAUGGUAAGAAAGGUACCUAUGGUGCGUACUCUUUCUGUUCAUCCAAGGAUAAGCUCUCCUUUGUUUUAGACUUGUACUACAAGGCACAAGACGAAAGCUCUCAAGCCUGCGAUUUCUCCGGAUCAGCAACUCUUGUUAAAGGUACUACUGCGUCCACGUGCUCGUCCAUGAUUUCUGCUGCAGGCACUUCUGGAUUGGGUUCAGUUACUGGUGUCAGCGUAAACAACAGUGCUACUGAAACCACUGCAACAUCCACUGCUAACGACUCCAGCUCAUCUUCAUCAGAAUCCAAGGAUAAACACGACAAAAAGUCCACCUCCACUUCUGUUUCCUCAAUUUCCUCCACCAGUAAAGGUGCAGCAGAUGCUGUCCGUUCAUCCUCGUCCAUUUUCGGAUUCUUUGGUGUCAUUGCAGCAUUGUUAUUAUGA